UACGUCCAACGAAAAAUACGACGACGAAAUAAACAAAGAAACGAAGGCUGGAAAGUCAACGAGCGCUUCGACAGCUUAUAAACAGCACUGCAAUAGAUAUCGAUACAGCAUACAUAAGUAACGACGGCAUUAAAAGGCGUUAGAAAACCGAGUUAAGGGGCUCGAAUCGCAGUCCUGGUCAGGAGGAGUAGUUCGGCAGCAGCGCCGCUCUCGCUCACAGAGCAGGAAAGCAGAGCGCGGAGGAGAAGAGAGGAGAGAGGAGCGCGCCACCUCCGACUCUUCAGCGGUCUCCAUUUUAACUGCUCGCCCAGCCUGCGCCUCACGUGUCCUGGACUGUCUCUCUCACAUGACCCGCGUGUUUGUCCCCGUGAUCAGCACUUCCAUCUCCGUAUUUCAGUGUCGCUGAAUAUCACGUUUUAAAUCGCUUACCUUCAUGGAUAUGCUCGAACAGAGCCUGGACGCGCCGACGAGUCACGAGAAACAGGAAACUGAGGAGGUUGUUCAGCUUCAGGAAGGAGAGGGAGUGGGGGCGGAGGAGCCGGCGGCGGUUACCAUAGCGAGUGCACAGCAAGCUGCAGUAUUCGCUGCUGACCACAAUGUCCAGUACCAGUUCCGCACAGAAAACAGCGGAGGCCAGGUGACAUAUCGUGUCGUCCAGGUGACAGAAGACCAGUUGGAGGCAGCUGGAGAUGGAGGAGCUGCGGUCAGCGUGGUGUCCACAGCCGCCUUUGCUGGUGCCCAGCAGGCUGUCGCACAGGCUGUUAUCCAGAACCCUUUCAGUAAUGGAGGCAGUCCCGCAGGAGAGACAGUGGGUGGAGAGACACGCUUUGCUUAUUUUCCUGCAGCUACUGUCAGUGAUGGUACGGCAACUGCUGUUUCUGUUCAAGCAGCCACCGAUACUGCUCUCACGCCGGCCGGAGGUCAGUUUUACGUGAUGAUGAGUCCUCCAGAUGUUUUACAAACUGGCACGCCACGGACUAUUGCCCCCCGCACCCACACUUAUUCCACAGACUUUGGCGAAAACGAGAUGCUUCAACAUGGCAGUUCAAACUGGAAGGUCGAUGGCCCGAGAGCACCGCGUGAUGAAAGGAGGAGAGCGCAACACAAUGAAGUGGAAAGAAGGAGAAGAGACAAGAUUAAUAACUGGAUAGUCACACUGUCCAAGAUCAUCCCAGACUGCAACAUGGACAACACCAAAACUGGAGCAAGUAAAGGGGGCAUCCUGUCUAAAGCAUGUGACUACAUUAGAGAACUCAGGCAGACUAACCAGAGGCUGCAGGAGAAUUUCAAGGAGGUGGAGAGAAUACAGGUGGACAACGAGCUCCUUAGACAACAGAUCGAAGACCUGAAGAAUGACAAUGCACUGCUCAGAGCCCAGCUACAGCAACAUGGCCUUGAAAUCAGUGGAGAAACAACUUCACAGUGACGAAUGGACACACAUACACAAUGGAACAGUGUGAUGAAAGAACCCCUCAGUGAAACACAUGCUCACGCCCCAUCACAGACUCAAGAUGUUUGAUAACCUGGUAGAAUAAGAGUGCUUGUUUGAUAUUGACAUACAUUACUGAAGAGAGACUAUUGGACAAUAGUUUAAAAAUAAUCACUGUUUAAAGAAGGAAAAAAACACCUCUUUCUUUGUUCCAUCUUCUCUUCUUCCUAAAAGACUUUGACCUCCCUGGACUGGAGUCGCUUCCCUCAAACUGAAGUAAACAUGCUUGCAAAGGACUUGUAAUUUGGUUUUCAAAUUAUGAACCAUUUAAAUACUCUCAACCAUGCCUCGUGAUCAUCUUUUGUUAGAAGCUAUGUGGUUUUUUUUGUUUGUUUUUUUUUUCUCAUGGCAUUUCCUUGUAAUUGUAACUACUGUUUCCAGCAUGAUGAGGUUUUGGGUCUGCAUUAUUUAUUAGCUUACGGAGAAAUGAACGUACAUACCAGGGAUGUAAAACCUUAGUUGUGAAGCUUGAAUUUCAUCAGAAAUGCUUUAAAAUUAAUUGGAGCAAAAUUUUGUAAGCCCAUUUGAGUAAUAUGAGCAAUCUGUCAGACUAUAUAUGAGAUAGAUCACGUUUGUGGUGCCAGUGUAAUGCUAUAUCAGGGCAAAUGAGUUUGCAGUAUGACUGGUUAUAAUGUAACCGAAAUACAUCUUUAGUACUCUGUGUGGGUAGGAUAUAGAUGGCACAAUCAGAAUAUAGAAAGCUGCAGGUGUGAAGCUGAUUGGGGCCUUCGUAAUAUAGGAUCAGCAUGUAAUGAAGGAACGAUAUAAAUAAAUAGCUCAGGGUUGAGAUAGGCAGGGAAGUAAUGUGUUGCCCCAUGUUUUUUGAUACAUACAACUUACCAUACUGCAGUUUAAACAUGGCAAUUCUCAAUAAUGUAUAUUUUCAUUAAAUCAUCAUUUGCCUGUCUUUUUUUGGAUGAAUCCUCUGAAAGACACCCCCCACCUUUCCCUUUUGGAGACUUGUUUCAGUUCAUGUAUAUAGGAGGUGAAGCUGACCUCUGUCUGCUUCAUCUUAAAUUCAUUCUCUUUGACAUCUGUCUCUAACAUUUCUCACAAAUUCUUACCAAGUGUAGAAUGUCUUUAGGUACGAGUGUGUUCUGUUGUUAACUGCCACUUUUUACAAAAAAAAGUCUUCCUUCAUGUGUCUAUACACCAAGUCACUAAAACAUCAUAUGGAGUCCGCGCUUUGGAGUGAAAAGGGGAGUGACGUGAAAAGACUUCAGACACCUCCAGGCUGGUUGUGCUACUUACAGAAGAACGUGAAUGAUGGCCACGAGUUGGCAAAUAACUUGGACUGCAUAGAAAUGCUUCCUAAGAACCUCCUCUCCUGCCUGUACCUGCCUUAAAAAUGACUGCAAAAUGACUUUGGCAUGGUAAUAUCAUAGAAAUGAAUAAAUUUAGUGGAAACUUUAGGUUAUUCUGAGACUUAACUAAAUAAUCUUUCAUUUUCCUGAAA